UUUUUUUUUAGUGUGUAGCAUUAGCAUUGAACUCACUCAUCAGUAAUGUCACUUUUAGAAAACAUAAACUCAUAUUUUUGCAGUUCUAUUUGGUAAUUUCUUGUGCUUCAGAAUAUACUUUUUCAAUCGAUAUGGAUUACGUUGAUAUACAAGCAGUGGAGUCGAAGCUAACCGACGUCACCGUGACUCCGAUUCCGAUGGGCACCAAGCUGAGCUCAACUGGUCAUGGAACUGCGAUGAACACCAGCUUCACAAAUCAUCAUCACUACCAUCAGCAGCAGCAAUUCCAGGCACAGAACUUAACGACAACUGCGGCACUGCCCAGCGUAACGUUGACCACUGCUGUGGCAGCUGCAUCACCAACAAUACCCAACCAAUCUGCCGCAGCUAUCGUGACCCCGGUGAACAGCUUGAAUCACUUCCCCAACAAUUCCAACCUGUCGAAGUAUGCGCAGCUACUGAUGGUCAUCGAGGAAAUGGGACGUGACAUUCGUCCAUCAUAUUCCGGCAGUCGCAGCUCGGCGGAACGACUGAAACGAGGCAUUGUCCAUGCUAGGAUUUUGGUGCGAGAAUGUCUACUGGAAACAGAACGGUCUGCUAGGCAGUAAUUAUUAUAUAAGGCUUAGUCAGUGAUUAGGGUAUUCCACAAAAUUAACAUUAACAUGAUAAUUUAGGAUUAUGUUUUCCGUUAAAUCUUGUCUGAAUUUGCACUCGAUUUAUUUUAUUUUAAAACAUACUUUAAAUUCUGAAAUUAGUAUACAUUUUGACCUAAAAACGCAUUAAUUUUCAAUCACAUAGAAUGGUUAUCCAGCUUUACAGAAAACGUAUGUAGUGUUUAAAUUGCAUUAGUACAAAAUAGCUCGAACCCAAAUAUUAUAUUCCGCUGAAGCCUCCUACCUAAAUGGAAAUGAACCAAUCAAAAGUACCUUUAUAAUUCAUUAGCUAAGGUAAUAACAAUGAACAAAAUCAAAGAAAGUUGGCAGGAUAUACGAGUUAUUUCAUGCAUACUAAAAAGUUACAAAAAAUGAUAUACAUCAGAGAGGUUUAUAAACAACUAAUUGAACUUUUGAUAGUAUGUAACUAAAAUACGAUUUAUAAUAGUGAAAAAAUAAAACGAUUUUCAUGACAAAAAGACAUUAGAUGUAAAAACUAGAUUGUGUAUUUGGACAAAUUAUUUAGUUUUUACUAAGACAAAAUAAAUGUGUUAUGGAUAAUUA